CAUCAUCAUUUUCACCAACCACUUUCCCCACUAAUCGGCUGUAUGAAGAGAUUGGGAGCUGGUUUCACUUUCAUCAUUUUCUGCUCCUCUGAUUUUGUCUUUGAACACAAAUGUUUCGCAUUUGAUUGCAAUUCGGCCAACUUAUCGACCCUGUCGAACAAAGUUGAAAGAGAGUUUUCAAACUUUUCAUAUUUCCAUCCAGCUAAAUGUCAAAGGUGGUAAUGAAGCCUAAACCUCGUCCACAUCUUCCUUCCGACCCUUGCAUAACUUUGGCAUCCAAACCCACGGUGAGUUCUGCUUUGAGAUUUGGAAAGACAACGCUUCCCGUGAAUCACUUGGAUUUAGUGCUUUCUUCCAAAUAUGACCACCACACGUGUUGGCUGGUUGACAGGCCAGACAUGAUUAGACAACCGGCAGACGAGGUCAGAUCAAGACCUUGGUGCAAAUGGAGGAAGCUGGGAGAGGACAAGGAGGAAGAACAGCCCACCGUCAUCCUCAUUCCACCCAUCAUUUACCAAGAAAGAUUUCGAAAUAAUAUCAACCAUGCCGCAGUCAGCUUGACCUCGCAUCACUUGCCGUCCACGCAGAGAGGAUAUGGGCGGAGGGGAAAUUGAUGAUGAUGUUGAGAUUGACACAUGUAUCGCUCUCGUAGAAAGUAUAUGUACAGUUUAGAAAAAUAUUGCACCCUACAUUUUGUGUACUUUUGUAUUCUAUUCCUGAUGACACUUCUUAAUAAUGCCCAAGGCAUAAUAUUUAUCGUGUGUGUAUAGUUCAUGUAAUAAAUUUUAUUCGUUUGUAUUAUUUCUUGCAAGGUAUGCAAUACAUAAAGAACAAAGAAUGGUUUACAAUUCAAGAAAAGACUAAAGAUUUAAAUAUUAUUUUAUGGGUUGGAUACUAUAGCUAGGCAAAAAAAACUCACUACAAUUAAUAUUACAUUGUAGUAUUUGUAA